AUGUCUUCCAAUAUCCUCGCCAACCGCGACACCAACGCCAAGCUCCCAUCUCCCGAGAAGGAGGCUGGGAAGGACAAGCCAAAGUCCAUGGAGUUCCACCGACAGGUCUUGGAGUCUCGCAUGAAGAGUGGGCAGGCCCAGCAAACCUUCAUCUCUCCAUCCGACCAGAUUCUUUCUCCCGCCACCCAGAAGGUCAACGCGUAUCGCAACAAGCAUGCGAUGAAGAAAUCCAAGCCCCAGACCCUGUUCGCGAAGACAAGCAGCAAGAAUCUCGAAGCAGCCAAGUCCGCCAGCAUGUCGAACAUGUUCGAAGAUAUCCCGAAGGACAACGCGACCUCCCAUACGGCCUCUGAAGACGCCAACUAGGCCAUUCCUGCACUUUCCUAUGUUCUAUACCACGUGUGUUUCUAUUUGGAUAUGAUCGGGCCUUCGGUUCUGGUGUUUUCUGCAGGAUUACGGGACAUCCACGGCCUUCUGGGACUGUCUCUUGGACAUGUUAUUCUUGGCUAGAGGGCUUUGCAUCGACGACGUUCGAUACCGGGAUUGAUGCAUCGAUGCG